UGACUUUGCUGUCUUAUGACAAAGCAUAAAUUAUUUUUCACUUGAAGUGAACAGACGAAUUUUUAUUGCUGCGACCAAAAUUGGAUCUCGAACAAUUUUCUUAAGCAUUUACAACUAUGGUGGACCCAAAUGCACAAAAGUAUCGCGACAGGAUAGCUAACGAAAAUAAGACCGGCGAAACCCCGAGGUAUGGUCAAAGUUCUACUGGCCAUAAAAUUUCCAUCAUUAGGAACGUUUGCAUAAGACAACCUUUUGCUGGCCGACCAACCGUAUAUAGUGAGAAUGUUGGAAACUCCAAUUUAGCUACCGCUCCGAAUGCACCCUUUAAUAAACAGACUGAAGCCUCUGCUAUCAACAAUCCAAACAAGGAUGCUAGAAAAGUGACUUAUACGCAAAGUUAUCGUAGCACCUAUGUAAAAGCUAUUCCAACUUCGCUUUCGAAGGGCAAAACAAUUCCCGAAGGAUUUACUGGCAGCCCACCUAAAGCCAAUAUUAGCCACAGUGUUGGAAAUCCUACGCUUGGAUUGACCUUCAGUGGUAAUCAAAAAGCUGACCCAAGCAGCAGCCAGGUGCACGAAAGUCGUCCAUUGCUGAAAAGCCACGAAGGAAUGAAAGAUUCAGUCACCGCCAAAGACCUUCCUCACAGGGAAGAUAAAAUAAUGACCACCAACUCUAUUCCAACUUUGGACUCCAAGGGCAAAUUGAUUCCCAAUAGAGCUGUUGGCAACCCAAAUUCAAGGCCUGAAAACCAAGAAGAAUCGGUAACAGAAUGCAACAUUUUGGCUGCUCCGCUCUUCGGAUGUGGCGAAGUUAAGGACGCACAAUCUUCCAUUGAAGAGGAACACCGCAAAAUGUUGGGAAACAAGUUGACGACCAAGUUCAGCGCCACCUUGCCGGCUGACAACUGUGCCCUUGGUGGUCCAUCACAGCUCCUGAAGAUGCCGCACUUCAUAGCCGUGGAGUCCAAGGCUUACGUGGCCAAAGACUUUAAAAAUGCCGUGACUGAAGAGGAUUUGAAGGACGAACAGGCUCGCGGGGAGUUCAUAAAUCGUCUGAAGACAACAGUGAGGUGGAGGGAAACCGAUAGUAAGGUCAAGGAGUCGAAUUCCUGUGUUGUUCGAUGGUCCGAUGGCAGCGAGACCUUCCAUGUGGGCGACGAGGUCUUCGAUGUGAUUCACACCCCGGUGACCAAUGAGCAAAAUCAUCUCUAUGUACGUCGGGAAAGCCUUUUUCAGCCGCAGGGAUCGAUCAAGGACAAGAUGACACUGCGUCCCAAGCUGGACUCGACUUUUGGCCAGAGUCAUGUCCAGGGCAUGCGUAAUCGCGCAGUGAAUAAACCGCAAUCGGGCUGCGUCAAGGUGCUGAUGAACAUGGGAGCUGAUCCUGUCCAGGAUCAUAAGCGUCGCGUCAAGGAGGAAAUGGCCACGCUGCGUCUGGAGGAGCGUGAGAAGCGUCGCGAGUCGAGUAAGCUGAAUCGCCGCAAGCCGCCGGUUAGACCUAUGCAUCAUUCCACCGCGAACUAUACGGAUUCGGAGCAGGCUUCUAGCGAGGAGGGAUCUAUCCAAUCAAAUCGCAAUGUGUACUCUUCGUUGAUAAGCUGCCCGGCUACAGACGACGACUCCUUGUCCGAUGGACCCCGUUGCAGCACCUCCAAGCGCAAGAAGGUUCUCCAAUCGGAUUCCGACUAGGAUUUCCAGAGAGAUCGGAACUAGGGCAAAGCAUUCGUCUUCUCCAACACCACUUCAUCGGGCUAAGGAGUAAAUAUCCGCUGAGUACGAAAUCCCAAUAAACAUAAUGCAUUAGCCAGCCCAC